AUGCCCUGCAAGAUUCUGAAGAAUGAGGUUGUCGAGGGGCAGAGCGUCAAGAAGGGCGAGCCGCUGGUUGUCAUCGAGUCGAUGAAGAUGGAGACCGUUAUCCGGUCACCACAGGACGGCGUCAUCAAGAAGCUCGCUCAUAAAGAAGGAGAUAUUUGCAAAGCGGGAACUGUGCUUGUCUUGUUCGAAGAAGAUGCCAGCAAACAAGAGUCAUCGUAA